UUUUGUCCGGCUGUGUGACUGUCUCAUCGAUCAAGUGCAGCCAUCCAGCAACAGCUGCCAACAACACAAAUAUGGACUCUGACAUAUCUGUGGAAAGUAGUGAUGAGGAUUGUGAAGAAUGGAUCCCGCCAGCUUCAAAACCAAAAGUCCCCAGGACUGCCAGAACAGUAAAAGCAGGGGAAAAGAAAGCCACAACCAGGAAAACUGUCAAACCAAAGGAGCCAAAGGCCCCCAAAGAGCCUAAACCUCCAAAAGAACCUAAAGCUCCUAGGGUGCCCAAAGCCCCCAAAGAACCCAAACCUCCAAAAGAACCUAAAGCUCCUAGGGUGCCCAAAGCCCCCAAAGAACCCAAACCUCCAAAAGAACCUAAAGCUCCUAGGGUGCCCAAAGCCCCCAAAGAACCUAAAGUUCCAAAAGAUCCUAAAGCUCCAAGGGUGCCUAAAGCCCCCAAAGUGCCUAAAGAAUUGAAGCCUAGGGCUCCACGUAAACCGGCGGCACAACGAAAAACACAAUCUGCUAAAAGUCUGAAGGAGCCUGGUGCCUCUGGGUUGGCUGGAGAAGACAUAAAUAAAGAGGAUGGAGAAGAUAAAAGAGAGGAGCAGCCUGGCUGUGCGGAGGGGAACAGGGUUGAAGAGAGUGGGACAAGCCUAAGAACGAAGGAAGAGAGAGUUUCAUUUAUGGUGUCAGACACCAAUCAGCCAGACAGAUGGGCAGAUGAGGGCUCAUCCUUUGGAGGACUGAGGCCCAAAAAAGAGGAGGUAGAAGAGGAUUUCACUUUCGACGAGCCCUGUCUGAAGAAGCAGAAGACCAGCGCUGCCUGUCAGGGACAACCGAGGGCUUUAUCUUCAUCCCAGGCUCAGUCUCUGAGGAAUGACCUCAACAUGAACUGGGACCCGGUCGAGGUGCUGUCCACCCUGACAUGCGUGGAGCGAUGGGUGUGCACGAACAUCGUAGUGCUCCUUCGAGAGGAGAACACGGUGCCGUUCAUGGUGCGAUACCGGAAAGAGAUGAUCAACCACAUGGAUGCUGACGCUGUGCGAGAGGUUCAGUUGGCAUAUGAGGACUUAUGCUCCCUCGCUAAGAAAACCCAGUCGAUCACCCAGACCCUGAAGAAGGACGGCGUUCUAACAGCUGAGUUAGAGCAGGAUCUGAAAAGCUGCAGAUCCGCCGACGAACUGGAUCAUGUGUACACUCCCUACAAGAAAGGCAGCAACCUGACUAAAGCGCGUAAGGCCAAAGCACUCGGCCUUGCAGCGGCUGCCUCACAACUCAUGGAGUCACCACAUACUCUGGAUUUAAGUACCUGGGUAAAACCUGGCACUGAAGGCCUGUCCACAGUGGAGGAAGUUGCCACAGGUGUGGAGCACAUCCUGGCUGACAUGAUCGCCAAAGACCCGGACACGCUCACCUUUGUUAAAACACUAUGUGAGAACAGCUAUGUGACCCUCCAUUCAUCCGUGUCUAAAUCGGCUUUAAAGGAGAAAGCUCAAGAUAAACCUGCCCAGGGCAACAAAAGACCGGGGCCCGAACAAAGCAAGAAUAAGGACAUUGACAAGUUCCACCUGUACUUUGAUUUCACCUGCGGCGUCCAGCGCAUCCAACCCCAUCAGACGCUGGCUAUUAACCGAGGAGAGAGUCUGAAGGUUCUGACAGUGAAGGUGAACGUUCCCGACAGGGUGAAGGCUGAAUUCACGAGGUGGUGCAUCAACAACAGGUGGAAGCCGAAGACAUUUGCAAGUGAACAGCUACAUGCAAUUCUCAGGAAUGCAGUGGAGGAUUCCUAUAAACGGCUAAUUCUGCCUUUCCUCAGUCGAAGUUACAGGACUAAACUGACGACUGCAGCGGAGAAGGAGUCCAUCGCCAUGUUUGCGAGGAACCUGCGUAAGCUGCUGCUGGCGUGCCCGGUCCGGGGCUGCGUCCUCAUGGGGGUGGACCCCGGCUUCAGACACGGCUGCAAGCUGGCCAUCCUGUCUCCCACCAGUCAGAUUCUUCAUACGGAUGUGGUGUACCUGCACAGCUCCGGCCCCUCGGCCCACCAGAGAGAAGCAGACAAGCUGCGUCACCUCAUGAUCAAGCACAACUGCACCAAAGUUGUCAUCGGCAAUGGGACAGCUUGUCGUGAAACCGAGUCCUUCUUCUCCGACCUCAUCUCCAAGCGUUACUUUCACCCUCUGGAUGUUUCUUACUGCAUAACCAAUGAGGCCGGAGCGUCCAUCUACAGCGUGAGCCCCGAGGCCGUCAAAGAGAUGCCCGACAUGGACCCCAACCUGAGGAGUGCAGUUUCCAUUGGAAGACGCGUCCAGGAUCCUCUGGCUGAGCUGGUGAAGAUUGAUCCAAAGCAUUUAGGCAUUGGAACAUAUCAGCAUGACGUCUCAUCCGGCGCUCUGAAGGCUUCGCUGGACGGAGUCGUGCAGGAGUGUGUGAGCUUCGUCGGGGUGGACAUCAACAUUUGCUCCGAGAUGCUAAUGAGGCACGUCGCGGGCCUCAGUGCAGGACGGGCGCGCAGCAUAGCCGAGUGGAGGGAGCAGCGAGGAGCCUUCGCCAACAGGGAGCAGCUCAAACUGGUCAAAGGCAUGGGGCCCAAAUCCUUCCAGCAGUGUGCAGGAUUCAUUCGAAUCAACCCGCAAACCUUACACAGUGUCAGGACCACAGAUCAGUCAGAGUCGGCAGUUCCAGAGAAACCAGCGGUGAAGAAGGGCAAAAGAAAGGCUGAUAGCAGCAUACCAACCUCAUUUAACCCCCUGGACCAGACCUGCAUCCACCCCGAGUCCUACCAUGUGGCUCAAAGGUUUCUGUCCCUGGUGGGCGGCAGUGUGGAGCAGAUUGGGAGUGAAGGCCUGCGGCGCUGCGUGGAGAGCAGGGUGAGGACGGGCGGCGUUGAGGAGCUGGCCCGGACGGUGGACGCCACGCCCGAGACCCUGCGGCUCAUCAUCGACGGCCUGACGCAGCCGCCGGGCUUCGACAUACGACAGAACUUCGGCCAGGCCGACUUCAAGCGGGGCGUCGUGUCCAUGAGCGACCUGCGGGUGGGCUCGGUGCUGACCGGCCGGGUGGACAACACCACCCUGUUCGGGGCGUUCGUGGACAUCGGCGUGGGCCGCUCGGGCCUCAUCCACAAGAGCAACAUCACCCUGAACAAGCUGCCCGCCGACCAGCGCCGCCGCAGCCUGGCGCUGGGCCCCGGGGAGCGGGUGGAGGUGCGGGUCCUGAACGUGGACCCUCAGAGGGGCCGCAUCGGGCUGGACCUCAUCAGGGUCCUGCAGUGAUCCACGCACAAACACACACCUCUCUCUUGCUGCUACACUAACACACUUCCAGCCAGUGUUGUCAUGGUUUUCAACCCAAUACGUAAAAAUAGAAGAAAUGAAAACAUACAAGACGUUUUUGUAUGUUGCUUUGUUGAGAGAAGAUUUUGUUUGGCCUGAAGAAAAAUCCACUGUUUUAUUUCCACAUACGUUUGGGAUCGAGGCUGAAGUGACUUCCUAAUAAAAUGUUUUGUUUUGUUGGG